GGAGUCUGUGGUUAUAUGUGAGCUCAGGUUAGUUUCAGGGGCGGUGGCAGCAGAGACAGCGGUCUGUCUCAACCAGCCACAUACUAUUACAGCCAGGCCACUAGCUCAGCGUAUUAGCAUCAACACUAGCUUUUACCUAUGAAACAUUAUCCAGCGGCUAGUGGUUAUUUAGUGAAUUCAUUCAUUGGACUUUACUAUUUCACCCACACUCAUGUCAUAUCAGACGUUGACUUCUUAGCUAAACUGACACUACAUGUUAGCCGUUAGCUGCGUUGAGCUAGGAGUGACCAGAGUACUGAUAGCUUAGCUUGUUGCUCAACACUAUUAUAACUUUAUUGACACGAGCUAACGAGCAAACGUUAUCGUGCGUAAAGUGUGCCCACUACGUGACAGCUGGGAUCCUUGACGUCAAUUUUAAAGAUAAACCUGUUACGUGAUGAAUUGUAGGUACUGCGAUCCUUUCGGUAUCGUUUUAAGUUUGGAGCAGUUAAGAUCCCACUAAGCUAGCUAGCUAACACGACUACCUUAACGUGUUGUGCUGUAGUGGUUGUACUCUAACCUCGAGUACAAUCUAACUUGUUAAAAACCGCCACGCAGAACAGACGUGUAUGGUGGAUGUGGUGUUGUAUAACAUUAUGUCGAGUAACUAAAAGAUUCUAACCAACCGACGUGGUGUAUAACGUCACACGGUUCAAAUAAAUUAAAGACAUCCGAUAAGAGAAAUAACUCCUGAUCGCGAGAUCAUUCUUGAUCACGUGUGGCCCAUCACUGUGGUCGCUCAUGAUCAGCCAGAGAGUCUGUAGUCUAGAUUCAAGUUAAAGUGUGAUGCCUAAACUCUAAAUUGGGGCUAAUGGACGCUGAACAAACAGCUCCCAGGUUAGUGUAGUACAAGUAACCUGCCUAUAGGUUGUGUUUUCACAUAGAUGUUUGUAAUUGCUCCCGUAGUUGUGCCUACGGUGUAGAAAUGUGAUAGACUCUGAAUUGUAAGUCGCUUUGGUUAAAAACGUCUGCUAAAUGACUGUAAUGUAAUGUAAUUAUGGAUUCCCACGUGAGUCACUCUGCUGGUGCUGGUGAUAGUCAGCAGAUUGCAGUGUACUACGAGCUACUGUGUAUUGCUGCUCAUUUUGUGUCUUCAUAUAAGAAUUUGCAAAAACAAACAAAAUGCAGUUGUGUUACGCAAGAAAAACAAAACAAAAACAGUAGUUUUUUUUUAUUUUUAUUGCAUCCAGAUGAGUGUAGAGAGCAGCAACAAAAACAAAACGCUGAAUUCCCCAGGCAGAUAAUAUGGCUGGUAUCUUAACUUUCAAAAAAAAAUAAAAAAUAAAAAUCGACAUCAGGGUAACAUUGUCCAUCAACUUCGUCUGUGUUCGAGUAUCAUUGAUUCAAAACACGAGUCCGGUUCCUCUUAUCCCACCGUAGUCCUUGCUAAUCAAGUGCAUAUAGCUUUAUCCGGGAGGCCACGAUGGAGUCAGGUCUCUGUGAAGUUGUGGCCACAACAGUUUCUAAGUUAGAUAUGUGAAAAUUCAAUCCCCCCCACAUUUUCCCAUUGAUUCAGUGUUUAUUUACAAUUUAGCUUAUUGGAGCUUUAAGCACUUUUCACUAACAAAAACAGCCCGUUUUCAGCCGUGAGAGUGGAUGAAAUCUAUCACUUUAUCUACUGAACACCAGACUUCAGCAGCACACAGAUCAAAGUUCUGUGUUGAGCGGAUGUGGAAACAGUGGCAUCUCUGUGUUGACAAUGUCAGCCACUGUUGCGAGGCAUGACCAAAUAAUGGGAUUAUGUGACUUGACAUGCAAAAACGGUGGAAUGUACAAAGCCAAUGAGAAAGUGAAUAAUUUUGAUUUGAAUAGAAAAAAAUGAUUUGCACGACCAUGUGAUAAAGUGUCGUUGCUCAUGCGCUUUGAUUAAAACUCUUCUUUAGGAUCAAUUUGUGAGCUCAGUGAAAGACGCAAACUAUAAUCUGCUUUGUCCGAAGAAAUGUCACGCUUGAAAGGCGGGGGAAGAAGGACGGAUGCAGGGGAAUUCCAUUUUCAUACACUGUUGCCCCAUAGGUCGUUGAUGUAUUGACCGUCCAUAGUCUCUAAAUGGCUGCGAGGAAGUCUGGAUCAGAUGCAUACAACAAUGGACCCAUCAGCUACCUUGAUGCUGUUCCCUUCAAGAUCAAUGACAAAUUCCGCUGCCCAGCCAAAGUGGGGCUUCCUGUCGGUUUCUGUCUCCCAGACUGUCGCUCUUUGCUAGUCGACUCGCAGUAUGACUUUUCUCUGGAGAGGCGUAGCGUGCGCUGGGGGGUUGAACUGGCUGAGGCCAGAGCAGCAGAAGCCCGAGCAGAAGAGGCAGCAGCAGCCAAGCAGGAGGCGGAGAGCAGGGAGUGCUCGGCACAGGCCCAGGACAUGGAUGCUGGUGGUGGGAAGAAACCCCGGUCUGCUGCAGAGGACCAGGACCUUCUACCACCAGCGUUGAAUCCCGUCCUUGCGGGGCUGAGCCAUAACGACAUCCUCACUCCACUGCCUGCCCCCAGCCUUGGCCCCAGGAAAAUCCUGCCCAGCACUCCCCAGCUACACAGCCUCAACCUAGCUGACUUUGAGCGGGAAGAGGACCCCUUUGACAAGCUGGAGCUCAAAACUUUGGACGAUAGGGAGGAGCUCAGGAACAUCCUUCAGAGCCAGCCCCAGCCCCAACCUCAACCUCCUCCUCCCUCUGUAUCCCCACCAGAGGUUUCCCACAUGUCACGCGGAAACAGCCCGUCUCCUCCCAGCAUCAACACCAGCUUAGCAGCCAAACCUGGCUUUUCCCAUAAACCCAACGGGUUGAUUGCCUUGCUGGACAUGGACAGAGUUGGUCACCCUGGCAGAACGGGGUUUGAAACCGACGAUCGCCCCUGCAACAUCCGCUCUCUCACUUUUCCCAAGCUCUCUGACUCUGGUGACCCAGAGCCACUGAGGUACAGCCCACUCCCUGCUCCCCGACAGCACCUAAUCAAUGGCAGCCCACCGCACACACCCAAGGCCCAAGUUAUUGUUCCCCCUGAGCCGACCAGCCACACAAACAGUGUCGCACCAAAACCGGCCAACCCCGGGUCCGGAUCUGCUGGUCUGCCGUGUGGUGGAGCGCUGCUCAGCAUGACCCCCAGCGAGCGUCAGUGUGUGGAAACCCUUGUGGGCAUGGGCUACUCUUAUGAGGGUGUCCUACGGGCCAUGCAAAGACAGGGGCAGAAUGUGGAACAGGUACUGGACUACCUGUUUGUCCAUGGGCGUCUGUGUGAGCGGGGCUUCGAUGCAAUUGCAGUGGAGGAAUGUUUAGAGAUGUACCAAUGCUCAGAGGAAAAGGCUUUGCAGUUCCUUGAGCUAAUGUCAAGAUUUGGCGAAAUGGGAUUUCAGCGGGACGCCAUCAAAGAGGUGCUGCUGGUCCACAACAACGAUCAGGACAAGGCUCUAGAGGACCUGAUGGCUCGGGCAGCAGCUAGCUGAGCCGAGCUAACCAGCCAACCAAAGCCCAGCCCAGGGCUCGCCUCCCGCUACGACCCAACACAGCCCCUUCCCUUCUGCCUACCCUGUCACACCAUGUCCUGCCCUUGCCUUGGCUGUGGAAGGGACAGCUGGGAGAAGGUUGUAUUUCUCUCUCUGUGCUAAAACGUAUCGUGUCUCAGCACUUCUUAAAGACUGCGUGCCUAGAGUGGAGGGGGUAAAAGCUUAACAAUACUUCAUGGUGGUGUUUUCUUUUUUUUCUUCUAAGAAAUCCUGGGGUUAGUUCCCAGGAUUUUGGACUGCUAGGGUAUUCAAGAAUCGGAAGAAUGACUGCGCUGGAAAUGGAGAAACUGAAUAUAAUGAGCUGUGGCGAUUUAAUGCCGUUCCGAAUUGCUUCCUAUCGUGGAAGUCCUAUCUGUCUGCAGGCAAAAGUGCAGGACCGAAUGGGGAGCUGGUGACGGGUUCUGCAUCACAGAAAGACCCGUUUGAACUCUUGAAACUCCCAAACGACUAAGCUGCCAUCUUCCACUGCGCUGUGCAGACCUGGUAAAUGGUGGCGGGGGGCCUAGAGGAGGCUCUCUUUAAACUGAGCCAACUAACGUUAAAAAAGAAAAAAAAAAUCGAAAUCCCAGUCGCCAGACAGACAACUGACUCUCAAGAAGUGCCCUCUCUGCUCUGGUGCCCUGCACCUACUACUUUGUUCUUUCAUUAAUUCAUCUGUUUUUCUGUUCAUUUGGGCGCUUUUUCAUGUCGGCAUAAAGAGUCCAUUUCUUUGAUUUCUGUAUUAGGAACUGCAUAAUAGAUCCGUAGUCACGAUUACUCAGAACAUUAGAGAUGCUACUCUCCCAGUACGCUCUUCAACCUGCACUGGAAGGGCCUGUUAAAGCAGUGGGGAGACUGAGGUAAAGUUCCUGUCUAGGAAAUGAUAAGAAAUAUCCCAUAACCCCCUGGCACUGAUGUGUCACAUACAGCACACAGGUUUCAUAUGUUAUCAUCUUAUUUAAAAUACUACACUGAUACUUUCAUUUAAACAUAAAGAGUUUGAUGCGAUAAUAUAAGAUAUGUUAACUCACGUUGAACUGUCACGGACUUCUGUUUGCAGACUGGAAAAAAAGUGAGUGGGUUUAAAACAAAUAAAAUGUAAGUGAGGGCUUGUUUUUGCAGCCACAUCACAGUGCAAUAGAGACAUUUCAUAUUGUGUUACUGUUGACUCGAGUAAUGUUGUCGGGAGAUAAGAAAUGGUCUUCAAGCCUUGAUAGAAAUUGGGAUAUGACUAGAAUGGGUUUGAUUUCAGUGAUCGCCAUAAUUUAUUCUCUGUUUUUUGGAUUUCAUGUCACACAAUCUAAUCAAACAUGACUUUUUGUUUGUUGACUUCCACUUUCUUUUCUCAUGUGUAGUAUGAAAUGAGUGGCCAUCUUGAUUUUAGGUUUGUUGCCAUCUCCACAGUCUUAAAUGUAAAUUUAACAAAUGUUUGUCACCACAAGCUAAAAGCAUUUCCCCCAUAUAUGUCGAUUGGGUGUUUAAAAGAGGGCCAGGAUCCUUUAUUUUCAUAGUAUGUGUCUGGGUUCAGUGCUACACAAAUGUUUUAAAAAGCAUGUCUGCUCAGUUGCACCAAAGGUAAGGAUGACAGAAUGUCCUGUAAUCUUGAUCUCCGUGGUACUGAUGGGGAUCGUGAGAGGCGUGGUAACGGAUUAACGAUUCAAAGUUAGCAAAAUGUGACUUUGGAGAAGCAGCACUUUGCUUGGGGCAGGUCCAGUACUUUGUUCUAUGUUUCACGAUUACAAAAAAUUAAUUAUCCACCCACAAAUCAAUUUUAAAACAAUGCCUGGUUUUGGAAAAAAAUUUAUAGGGUGGUUUAUUUCCAAUACAGACAUCAUUUUGCUUCGACCAAGCAUCUGCAGAAUAUACGGCACCACUAAAACCAGACAAAUGAGCACAUGCUUGCAGGAAAUAAAUCUCCCUCUGGGAUGCUUUCAACCAACUUGCAAGCAAAGUGAAAACACCCCAGUGUUUGCUAAUGUGACGCACGUCAUCGUCAACCUGUCCUUCAAUCCAUUCUGCUGUUUCUGUGGAAAGGACGGUGCCUGAUGCACGCAAACAACACAACACGGGCAGGUUCUGGACGACCUCCCUUUCCGUUGUGCGGGUAGGUUGUCAUUACGUAGGGUUUAUGUAUCUCUUAAGUCGCAGCAUAAUUUAACAGGGCGCCAGUGAACCUAAUGAACGUUGAAAUAUCUCAACAGUAUAAUUAAGAGUUGACUGAGUUAAGUGUUCUUUCCCAAGCUCCUGAAAUGUGAUUUGCAAAAUGUUCAAUUUCUUCUUGAAUGAUUUGGAAAAUCCUCAUGAUUAAAUGUGCACAUCUUUUUCAGUGGUGAGACUGUU